CUCCGGAGAUCAGCCGAUGAGCAUGGCGAUCACAGUCACGUUACUGCUUUUUGCUGCGGCCAUCUAUGAAGUGAAUUCACAACUAGUGUGCUACCAGUGUGUGGACUGUGAUGUGAACCCUCCAAUAGCAGUAGUGUGCCAAGAUAGCUAUCCUACAUCUGCGACACCAACUUUGCCAACUAGUCCUGAUACAACGUAUUCAACUGAUAUAACGCCUACUUUGCCGACAAGUCCUGAUACAACUUUUUCAACGGAUAUAACUCCAACAUUGCCAACGAGUCCCGAUCCUACAUGUGCAACGUGUGGUCCAACUGAAGAAACGACUCCAGAGUUUACACCAACACUGCCAACCAGUCCUGAGCCUACUUGUGCAACAUGCGGCCCAGAAACUGACACAACACCUAUAUUUACUCCAACUUUGCCCACAAGCCCGGAACCAACCUGUGCUACAUGUGGUACACCUCCAGAAACCACUCCGGAGUUCACACCGACCUUACCCACCGGUCCAGAACUAACAACGGCAGAGCCUACCAGCCCUAAUACAAUAUGUCCUACAUGUGCACCCGCUACCACGCAAGAAUUCACACCAACACUACCCACCAGCCCGGCACCGACUUGUGCUACGUGUGCCACCUCGUUGAACACAGUCACUGUACCGAUCACAAGCCUAACGGAUUCAACGAUCCUCACACCACCCCUUACCACUAGUCCGGGCCCAACAUCAUCCCAAAUUACGACCAUUUGGCCGGGCCAGACAGGCAUUUGGCCUACCCCGUCGCUUACACCCCCGAGUGCCAGCUGGCCUACGGUGACCCUUACGAACCCGACGGGAACGUUCCCAACGGUACUGACCACCUUCGCCACCGGCGGCAAAAAACACCUACCGAUGCCGUUUUACAUAUGCUUCUCGACGGAACGAAUUGUUAACAACCGACUGACAACGGAUCGAGGUUGUAGCAUACGCGGUGCCUCGGCGGCAGAAACAUGCACGGAUAUCAACAACAACCAGCAGUACGAACGAUGCUCCCUUUGCUCCUGGAGUCUCUGUAAUCGAUAAAUAGUGGUGAUUGUGAUGAUAGAAAGAAAAAUUUUUACAUUGUGAGAUAGAUAUUUGAAAAUGUGAUUAAAUAGAAACGAAUUGGUAGGCCCGGUAAUAGAUCAACUUCUACUUCCAUAAAAUUAUUACCCUUGCAAUUAAUAGAUUAUAAUUAUUGCACAGUCAGAAGUCCAUCGAUGAUGUGUGUAAAUUUGUUCGAUCCAAAUAAUGUCUGUAUAUGCCAAAAAGAUUACUUCACAUGCUGCCGAACAGAAAUCACCGAUAUGUUAUCUGUAUAUAUUUACACUAAUUAUUGAUAUUUAUGGAAGGCGGAA